UCUUUUCCUAUUUCCAAUAAAUUUUAUCUCUUUCAAAAAUUGUCGAUGGCUUCUUCUUCUCAUUAUCAUUACCACAGAGAAGAUAAUGAUCAAUUAGAUUCCAUGUUUGAUGAUUUAUCUGAAGAAGACGGUGAUAUUUUUCCAGAACCUAAAGAGCGCAAGAAACGAAUUUUUAUCGAGAGAAACCGGGAAGAAGGCGCCACCAAACUCUGGAAUGAUUAUUUUAGUGAAACUCCAACAUACGGGCAUCGUUUAUUUUGGCGACGGUUUCGAAUGAACAAACCCUUGUUCAUGCGUAUUGUCAAUCGUCUCUCUACCGAAGUACCAUAUUUUCGCUCAACACAAGAUACAACCGGGCGAUCUGGUCUAACUCCGCUCCAAAAAUGUACUGCAGCAAUUCGUCAAUUGGCAUACGGUGGUGGGGCUGAUACAGUUGACGAGUAUGUGCGACUAGGUGAAACAACUGCUGCAAAAUGUUUGCACCGCUUUGCUGCCGGAAUAAUCCACUUGUUUGGAGAUCAAUAUCUAAGACGCUCUAUACCGGAGGAUCUUCAAAGACUAUUCUUUGAAGGAGAAGAACGUGGCUUUCCGGGGAUGAUUGGAAGCAUCGAUUGUAUGCAUUGGGAGUGGAAGAAUUGUCCUUCCGCUUGGAAAGGAAUAUAUUCACGAGGAACCGGAAAACCAACACUUGUAUUGGAGGCGGUAGCUUCAUAUGACCUCUGGAUAUGGCACGCGUUUUUUGGAGCUCCAGAAUUUAUUGACGGAGAAGGAGAAGAUGCAUAUUCCGUCGGUCUAGAUGAUACACUCCGCAAUACAAUUGAUGCUCGAAGAAGGAUUCAGGAUACACCAACCAAUCAACGAUUAAAAGCUGAUUUGAUUGAAAAUAUAUGGGCUAAAUUUGGACAUUUUCCAAAUAACAUAUAAAUAAUAAAGUUUCUAUAAAUUGAAUAAAAUGUUUGUUUCCUUUAUUUUAUAAUGUUUGUGAUGUUUUUUUUCUUUGUAAUUUGUUGUAAUAUAUAUUUUUUUCGGCAACUGUUGUAAUUUGUUUUUUAUGUUAAA